ACAGUCUGCUUUGUUAACCGGCAGUCGAAACGUGUGUAUAUGUGUGUGGUAUUUUACAAGGCGUUCACACGAAUCUAAGACGUUCGUUUGUGGAUUGUUAACUUUUAAUUGCAAGUAUUUGUUUAUUUGGACAUUACUAGAGUAUUGUCUUUGUCCAUUGCACGUGUGUUAUGAUAUAUAUUGAGUACGGAUAGUUUCAAUUGGCCAAAACAUUUCUAUUGUGCUAUUUUAGGGGAUGUAAAAAUUCUAUAGGGAGUUAUUUUCAUGGCGAGAUCGAUGAGUUGAAGUAAGGAAUAUUCGUCCGCCGUAUCGGGGAUGUGACCGUGUAUUUUCUCAGGAAUUUGUUCUUUUAUGGUGUGUGAGUGUUCAAUGGUUUGUCUAUUUACCUGAAGUUUCAAGGAAUUAGGUGACUGAAAACUCGCACACAACUCAAGAUGUAUCCGAACAGGCACCCGGCUCCACAUCAACCAAGCCAGCCUUUUAAGUUCACAGUAGCAGAGUCAUGCGAUCGAAUCAAAGAAGAAUUCAGUUUUCUGCAAGCACAAUAUCACACUUUAAAAAUGGAGUGUGAAAAAUUAGCCCAAGAGAAAACAGAAAUGCAAAGACACUACGUCAUGUACUAUGAGAUGUCCUAUGGUCUCAAUGUUGAAAUGCACAAACAGACUGAAAUUGCCAAGCGAUUGAAUGCAAUAUGUGCUCAAGUCAUUCCAUUUCUCUCUCAGGAGCAUCAACAACAGGUUGCGGCAGCGGUGGAGCGUGCAAAACAGGUCACUAUGACAGAACUCAACCAAAUCAUUGGGCAACAGAUGCAGGCAGGCCAACAUUUAGCAGGUCACGGCCACGGAGCCCCACCAUUCCCAAUGCCACCUCACCCCCCGGGGCUUCAACCCCCACUCCCCGUCUCCAGUGCUGCUAGUCUUUUGGCCCUCCAGGGCAGUGGUCUUGGACCCUCACAUCUCCUCCAAAAAGAGGACAAAGAAGACAAACACAACAGAUCAUCUGCCUCCCCCAGUGAAAGGGAAAGAGAGAGGGAAAAGUUUGAACAUAAAUUUAGUGAGAAGUAUAGUAGUCGGAGUAGGACCCCAGAAGUGAACGAGUCCAAAAAGAGGAGAGUGGAGGAGAAAGAAAGGGACAGUGAAGGUGAAAAGUCUGAUCAGGAGUUGGUGGUUGAUGUUGGAGAGGACAGUGCACCCAUGAAUGGGGAUCUUUCUCCCAGGGAAAAGGCAAAAGAUUUAGCCAGUAAGAAGUCAUCAGAAGAUCGAAUCAGUCCCAGGAGUGACGCUUCAUCACAUGGCAGUUCAACCUCUACAAAACACAGAGAUUCAAUUCCUAAUGAAAAAGCUUCUACCCCUGUAUCAAAGCCAGCAACCCCCACAAGUUCAGGGAACACCACCCCGGGGCCAUCCAGUGGGAGUGGCGGGGCAAUCAAGCCAGGUGUGAAGUACCCCCUGGCAGGAACAUAUCCUCCUUUUCUGCCCCCAAAUCAUGGCAUGCCUGCUGAUAUUUCAACAAGUUACAGCAAUGGAAUUGGGGCCCUUCAUAACAAUAUAUCACCUAACAACAUUACCUUCAACCACCGAAAUUUAUUCCAAGGUGAUCCCCAUGGCAACCCCGCCCAUGCAGCUCAUAUACGACCAGCCCUAGGAAACUCGGCAGGAGGAAAGCCUGCCUACUCGUUCCAUGUGAGUGCUGAUGGACAAAUGCAGCCGGUGCCAUUUCCACCGGAUGCUCUGAUUGGUCCUGGGAUUCCUCGUCAUGCCCGACAAAUAAACACACUAAACCACGGGGAAGUUGUGUGUGCUGUUACCAUAAGUAAUCCUACAAGACAUGUCUAUACUGGUGGAAAGGGUUGUGUAAAAGUUUGGGACAUCAGUCAGCCAGGAAACAAGAGCCCUAUCUCUCAGUUGGACUGUCUGCAAAGAGACAACUACAUCCGAUCAAUCAAGUUACUACAGGAUGGGAGGACCCUAAUUGUGGGAGGAGAGGCCAGCACUCUGUCUAUAUGGGAUCUCGCAGCUCCCACUCCACGCAUAAAGGCAGAGCUGACUUCAAGUGCUCCAGCGUGCUAUGCUUUAGCAAUCAGCCCCGAUUCCAAAGUUUGCUUCAGCUGUUGUAGUGAUGGUAACAUUGCGGUUUGGGACCUCCACAACCAGACAUUGGUGCGACAGUUCCAGGGACAUACGGACGGUGCCAGUUGUAUCGACAUCUCACCUGACGGCACCAAGUUAUGGACGGGUGGACUGGACAAUACAGUCCGGUCAUGGGAUCUCAGAGAGGGAAGGCAGUUAAAGCAACAUGACUUCAGUUCUCAGAUCUUCUCCCUUGGCUACUGUCCAACUGGCGAAUGGUUAGCCGUGGGGAUGGAGAGUAGUAAUGUGGAGGUGCUCCACUGCAGUAAGCCAGACAAAUAUCAGCUCCACCUCCACGAGAGCUGUGUCCUGUCCCUCAAGUUUGCCUACUGUGGCAAGUGGUUUGUCAGCACAGGCAAGGACAACCUCCUCAAUGCCUGGAGGACUCCUUAUGGUGCCAGCAUAUUCCAGUCCAAAGAGUCCUCUUCAGUGCUAAGCUGUGACAUUUCCACUGAUGAUAAAUACAUAGUCACUGGCUCUGGCGACAAGAAGGCAACACUGUAUGAAGUCAUCUUUUAAUCCAGACUAGCGGGGUAAAAAAAAAAAACUGUUUACGUUUUUUGUUUUCCCUUGAAGAACUAAUCCAUUGUCUACUACAGAACUAUUAGAAUGGCAGAACAAUGUGAAAAAUGGCGAAAUCAUGUAGCGAUCUUAAGAAAUCCAGAAAAAAAUAUGCAGAGCAAUCAUACUAUAGGAUGUGUAUUUAUCUUCCGAAUGAUUUGGAAAUGACUGCUGCAAAAAUAAGCUGCCAUCUUGGUUUAUGCUUGAGUAGGAUAGAUUACCAUGUCAAAUGAAAUGGAUAUUUGGUGCAUAAUUAUAAUUAUCAAAGAGUUGGAUGAGAGAAGAAGAGCGUAAUGAGUUCCUGCUGGUAGGGAGAGGAGAGCGUGUUUAAUUAAGCCAACCUGAGGUUGUGUGUACCAGACAUUUGCAGAUAGUGAAAAAAAGAACUUGGGAAUUGUUGUUCAGACAAAAGCUACAGAGUUUUCUCCAUGAGAAUUUCUGGCAUUUAUUGCGUAGCGACCAAAGUGUGGUUUGAAAUGUGCAAGAGGAAGGUUGCUUGUGACACGAAGUCAAGAGAAAGGAUUUACUGUUAGCUUAUUCUUUGGAUGUGUCGGACAGAUGCUUGUAAUUAUCUGAAUUGCACAGAUAAAAUAUACAAGUAAAACAAACAUUUAUCUGAUGCAGAUCUCAGAAGGUAGUGCUAUUAUACAGUGAAGAGAGAGAUUUCUUGUGUAUACCGUAGCAGGAAGAGAAGAGUAUACGAUGGCUUGUACAAAUAUGUGAUUAGUUUUUUAAAAAAUUUCUUGCCCCCCAUUCGUAGUAGUCCCUGUGAUUUUUCUAAAUAAAAAAAAGAAAAUGUGUGACAAAUUUAGUAUUUUUUGAAAAAGUUUAUGUUAAUGCAUUUUUUUCUUUUGAUUAUGAAAUACUCGUGAAUGUGCUGUUGUGAAUAUGAACUAAUUCUAGUUGUAAAAUUGUCUGGUAUUAUGAAUAUUGGACACACCGUGGCAAUUUAUGUCUGAGACAGCUUUCUCCAUUCUAGUAUAUGGCAAGUGUAAUGCUGUUUCCUUGUUGAAAAGGAGCUGUGUCAAAUCUAGUUGAUGUAAGCAUUUAACAUUUAAUAAAUCCAUGAUUGUGAAAGUGUCUUGAUGAUUUUGAAAAAAAAGCUGAUUGUCGUGUUGUGAAUGUAGUUAGACAUUCAGGUGAAUGCAUGUUACAUGUAGUGCUUUAGAAAAUUUUUCUUUGAUCAGUGAGAAUGAGAGAGACAAGUAUAUUUUGUAUGUGUAAAGUACCAUUUUCAAACUCCCAUGUUUUCAUAGUUCAUUAAAGGAAAUAAGACCAAACAUUUUUUUCUUCAAUUUUAAUGAAUACUGGGAAAAUUCAAUAAUUAUAUAAAUUUCUACCAAAAAAAGGAUGCAAACUGUUGUUUGACAUCAGGAUGAAAUACCAAAAUCAAGGAAUAGCCAGCAUGAAUUGGAAUGUGAUAGUUAAAAAUUGUGGCUUUAUAAUUAUUUAGUCACUGUUUUUAGUCAAAAUCUAUCUUAAAGGUGUAUGCAUACUUCUAUUACCCCAAAAGAUUUGGGAAAGAAAAACUUGUAAGCACCGCAAGAAAGAAAAUCUCCAUUUAUAUUAAAUAAAUAUUUUGACUCUCCAUUUGAUUGUAUACAGUAAAAUCUGUGUUCCAAUUUUCCGGGGGGAGCAUAAAAUGUAAACUGAAGACGUUAGUGUUUUUAAACUGUGUAGACCAACUGGAUUGGAGGUCUAUGGAACACUCAUACAAGCUUGAGCAGAUAUACCAAAGAUAUUGAACGUUAUUUCAGAUUUUUUUUUUGUUGUUCAUUCUGCUAAAUAUGUCAUUUUGCAAUUUUAUUACUUUUUUCUCAGAUUUCACAAACUGUCGCAGCACAAGAGCAGAUAGCGAUAUUAAACUCAUAUUUUUUAUUGAUAAAAGAUCAAAUCACUCUCUUUGGUAAAGUUAUAGCGAAAGUCAGAAUUCGGAUACAUCUAUAACAAUCAGCUCUCUAUGAUGAUAUUUUCCUUGAUCCCUGUUCUGGAUAUGGUAUUUCAGUUGCCUGCCAUCUUCGUAAAUGAUGUAUUACACUGUAGUCGUGUUAUUGUUAACUUUUCUCUAUUUUUGUAAUUAAACAAAUUUAAAUAUUUGGA